AUAAUGCAUUUUGUAUACUUUUCUUUUCUGAGUUCAUAGGGUAUGCAAUAUGGCGCUGUUCACAUUUCUCAGCAUUAUAUACCAGUGUUUCAGAAAACUAAGCUAGCGUGUAUAUUGCAGUAUAAUUGCCAUUUGACCUUAGCGAGGGUUACCACGUUCCAGAGUAAUAAGAAACCUUAUCAUGUUGUCCACAGUCAUCAGGCAUGUACAAGACGGACAGCUUGGCACGGUCUGGGGAAAGAUCAUGCAGGCCAUAUACUUAAAGCAGCAAAGGGACUUCAGUGGUGGCAGUUAGUAGAUAAAAGAUUGUGCUGGCAUGGGCAUGCAGGCGGAGGUCUUCAUACAGAUCCAAAAGAAGGGAUCAAAGACGUAGAUGCUGGAAAAAUAUUGAAAGCUAUGUUGUCAUAUGUUUGGCCGAAAGACAGGCCAGACCUCCGACUCAGAGUGGCAGUUUCCUUGGGGCUGCUAGCGGGUGCAAAGAUGAUGAAUGUAGUAGUUCCCUUCAUGUUUAAAUAUGCAGUGGAUAAUCUUAACCAGCUGUCUGGAAACAUGCUAAACCUGAGUGACUCGCCAAAUACCAUUGUAACCAUGGCAACAGCUGUUCUGAUUGGUUAUGGUGCUUCAAGAGCAAGUUCUGCACUGUUUAAUGAGCUGAGGAAUGCUGUGUUUGGCAAAGUUGCUCAGAACUCCAUCAGAAGAAUUGCAAAAAAUGUUUUCCUCCACCUUCAUAAUUUGGAUUUGGGUUUUCACCUGAGCAGGCAGACUGGAGCCCUUUCAAAGGCAAUUGACAGAGGAACAAGGGGAAUCAGCUUUGUUUUAAGUGCCUUGGUUUUCAAUCUGGGGCCUACUGCAUUUGAAGUUGCACUUGUCAGUAGCAUAUUGUAUUAUAAAUUUGGUGGCAGCUUUGCGUUCAUAACCUUGGGGACACUAGGGACAUACACUGCUUUUACUGUUGCAGUUACACAGUGGCGCACUAAAUUUCGUAUAGAAAUGAACAGAGCUGACAAUGAAGCCGGAAAUGCUGCAAUAGACUCAUUGUUAAAUUAUGAAACUGUAAAGUAUUUUAAUAAUGAAAAGUAUGAAGCAGAGCGGUAUGAUUCCUUCUUGAAGACGUAUGAAGCUGCAUCAUUAAAGACUACUACAACUCUUGCAAUGCUGAACUUUGGACAGAGUUUGAUUUUUAGUGUUGGCUUGACAGGAAUCAUGGUUCUCGCCAGUAAAGGAAUUAUGUCAGGUAACAUGACUGUGGGAGACUUGGUGAUGGUGAAUGGACUGCUUUUUCAGCUCUCUAUGCCACUUAAUUUCUUGGGAACAGUGUAUCGAGAAACCAGACAAGCACUAAUAGACAUGAACACAAUGUUUACACUCCUCAGCAUAGAUACAAAAAUCAAAGAAAAAGCAAUGGCCCCUCCUCUGAAAAUAACACCACAGACUGCCACCAUUGCCUUUGAGGAUGUGUAUUUUGAGUAUCUUGAAGGACAGAAAGUGCUGAACGGUGUGUCUUUUGAAGUGCCUGCAGGAACGAAGGUAGCUAUUGUAGGAGGAAGUGGAUCGGGGAAAAGUACAAUAGUAAGAUUGUUAUUCCGCUUCUAUGAGCCUCAGAAGGGAAACAUCUAUGUAGCUGGACAGAAUAUUAAAGAUGUAAGCUUGGAAAGCUUGAGGAAAGCGCUUGGAGUUGUGCCACAGGAUCCAGUUCUAUUCCAUAACACACUUUAUUAUAAUCUUUUGUAUGGAAAUAUUGAUGCUUCACCAGAGGAUAUAUACAGUGUAGCAAAAUUGGCAGGACUCCAUGAUGCAAUUUUGCGAAUGCCCAAUGGGUAUAAUACACAGGUUGGAGAACGAGGGCUCAAGCUUUCAGGAGGAGAAAAACAGAGGGUUGCAAUAGCCAGGGCCAUCUUGAAGAAUCCUCCUAUAAUUCUGUAUGAUGAAGCUACAUCAUCGCUAGACUCUAUCACAGAGGAGAAUAUUCUGAAUUCCAUGAGAGAUAUGGUAAGGCAUCGUACGUCUGUGUUCAUUGCACACAGGUUGUCAACAAUUGUGGAUGCAGAUGAAAUCCUUGUCUUGGAUCAGGGUAAAGUAGUGGAGAGAGGAACUCAUUAUGCCCUUCUGAGCAACCCCAACAGUUUCUACUUUGACUUGUGGCACUCACAUAACCACCGCACUCAGAAUAUUGAAAAUAACUACAGACUAGAGCAGAGGCAAGAAAAGGUGUCAAAAGAAGAUGAAAGGAAGAAACUAGAGGAAGAAAUCCUCAACAGCGUCAAGGGUUGUGGGAACUGUUCGUGCUAAGCCCAGAUUCACAACGUGCAUUGACUGUUGUAGACUACACUGGAAGGAUUUUGAGAGUUGACAGGUUGUGACAGAAAAUUACAGAGGCAGCACAGUUUUUAAGCCAAUAGUUUUAUUUUUAUAUUUAGGUGAAUGUACCAAAAAGAAAUUGCAAUGACAAUUGUGGCACAUUCUUCAAAACAGACUUGUGAAAAUCCUAAUUCGUGGAGCACCUACCAAUUUGUAUAGCAGAAAUUGUAAUAUAGGGUAUGAAUUUAUUCUGGCAAGUAUUUAUUCAUUUAGUUAUAAUGAUUUCUAAAAGUCUUCAGAAAUGUUGCUAAUUUCUAAUAUCUGUUCAUGAGAACUCCAUGAGGAAUAUAUACAAGAGAAAUAUGUUUUAAGCAACUUUUUUUUUCCCAUUUUACAUACUCUUAGCAAUGUUGAAUCAAUGUUUGCUGUGAUCAUUCUGACUUGGUUAGCUUUUUUGAUUGUCAUUCUGUUUUCUCUGUUGUGUGGUACCCUGUCCCCAGUUUACAUUUUUUGUUCAGUAUUUUCAUUUAUUUACAACUGAAGUGAACUGUUUCAUAUGAUUUCAUACAGGUUUUCAUUUGUGAUGGUAUCCUAUAAUUUUGUUAGCAGACAAGUUGCUGCUGUUUUUUCUUUCAUGGUAACACGUUGGCAUCAGGCAAAACACAUAUCUUAACUUAAUGGGGCAACUGUUUGUGCGACAAGUGAUGCACAUUAACCAGCCAUGGCAAGAAUGACAGUAAAUUCUGAAACAUCUGAUAUUUGGUACAUAAAUGGAAGUCCUAGAUAAAUUUGCAUUGCAGAAAUGUUAUGUUACAGUUUGGAAAGUAAUGGGGCCAUCUGUGACCAAGUAGAAUAAAAACCUAGUCAGAAUUCCAAAAAACUACAUUUACUUUAGCUUAAAAUUCUCAGUAAUUGUCUUUUUCCUAUUUCCCUUUUAGGUCUAAUUUAUUUAUCAUAUAUUGUAUAAUUUCUAAUGGUCUUUGAAUGUUCUUUAACAUUUAAGUGCAAAUGUUAGCUGUCAUUCCACUGUUUAUCUAACAGUAGAAAACAUUUGCACCUCGGAGCAGUUCUUUAUUUUGUUUAGCUUGCUUUGUACACUUUUGUACUUUGCAGAUACAAAGUAUUCCUUAAAUGUUGCGUGUGGGUUUUUGUUUUGUCCUGUUUUGUGCAAUAAUACGUUGUUCUGCCUUUCAAAAGGAAGGUGGGUACUGUAUAGUAACAGCACAUUUUGUAUGCAAGUACGGUUGCUGGGGUUUCACAGGAGCCUUUUUUAAAGAAGCAGUUAAGUCCAUGCAUCGGUGAUAUAGAGUGCACCUCUGCAUACCUUAACACCAUCACAGAACUAUUAGCUACCAUUUUGAUUAUGUAAAAAUAAACAUCAUCUCAUUUAUUUUCUGUCUUUGGACAGUCAUGUUUUGUCUACUAUAGUGUAUAAAACAGAUGAUUGAAACACUGGCUCUGUAACAUUGCUGCUUUUUUCAUGCUUUGUUGUACAGAAUCAGAACAUGCACUGAAUAAAAGAAAGCUUACUGUAAUCAAAAUUA